AAACAGCGUUGAUAUCCACCAACAAGGGAAAUAACUAGCAUUAUUAUGAUAAAAUAUAAGUCAUAGACAAUCACUAUAGGCUACUAUAGAGAGGCUAAUAGUAGGACCGUUAGGAACCUGGCAUGAAAAUUUGAAGAUAAUCAAAGAAAACUUAAUGUUUUUACCAAAAUUUCCACCUCAAGACUAAAAGCUUUAGUGCCCGUUCGUUACCAUUUAAAACUUGGAUUAUUUAAAAUCGAUCCAUCAGUACAAAUGGCUUUAAGACAGGCAUUUCUUGCUGGCACCUGCCGCAGCAAGUGGGCGAUGUUGCCGAACAAGGCGGCCCAUGCCAGGUUUUUGGUUGGCCAGUCUGGACUUGAGAAAGCAAACAUGGGAUCUAGGCAGAUCCAUUUGUCGCGACCGUUUGAAGGACUGUCCAAAGGAACGAACCGAUCACCCCAGAAAAACCCUUCGAAAAAACCCCCGACUCUAACCACCAUCUUGAACUCUACAUCCAAUGCUAUGAAUUAUGCUACCACAAAUUUAGGUUUGUCUUCACUAAAAGAGCACAAGCUUUUGCUAACCGCGGGGUCGAUCGGAUUUUUAAUCAUUUAUGGAAUACGAUGGGAUGCAAAAAGCACACUAAUCGAAGAAGUCAAGAAACAUGCCGCGGAUCUCGAGAGUUUAAAAAGAGCUGAGCCUGCGUUAACACUUGGCUCUCCUAGCAAUACAACAGUCCACAUCUUCCGCCCCCACAGGGAUCCAUCCAACUGCGAUUUACUAACUAGCAUUGAAACCUGCUCCCUCAAAGCUUCACCCAACUGUGACGCGUGUGUCCCGUGCGUAGAAGGCAACCUUCUAGCGGAGUACCCAACUCAACCAGAUGAUGACGACGAUUCAGCUGAACCAGUUUGCGUCAUUUCCCGGCCAUGUAGAGACACAAACCAAGUUCUUGAUACUUCUGCCAAUGCAUCUUGUGAGAUUUUCAACCCAUGCCAAGACAUGGUCAACGAAGAAAAGCCCUGUGAUGUGUCAGAGAAAGGUGACGGUAACAUGGUAAACCCUUGCAAAGAGUCUGAUAGUCCUGCCACUAGCAACACUACAGAGGUUGAAAAUGCUGCUGCGCUUACUCCGUGUAGAGGCCCGCCCAGCGACCAGGAACUACCCACCCCAUGCAGUGCAGGCCCAGAUCCCCCUGAAAAUUCAACCAACACCGAACAAAAACAUUUCGAGCUGAGCGGACCUCACCGUGACGAAACUCCACCAAAUUUCCUUAGCGAAAACUCCACCUUCACCGCUUCUGACUGUAAUACCUCAACCUUAGGUCAUGAUAAAACUACCACCAAUGUAGACACAGUCACCGAGACUUCGCCCAACCAAAGCUCCGCUAAGGGCGAGAAGGAAGUCUCCAGUCCUAUGUUAACCAGGCGAUCCGGGCCCUGCGGAGACUCCACCGAAAAAAACGACAAAGAGAAAACACCAACUCGAAUUUGUAGAAAACCUUUCAUGGGUCCAGGCAAAAUUGACCCCCCUGCUCCCGAUAAACCUCCACAGCCGUGCAAGCCCAGCUGUUCGUGUAGUAACAGCAAUUUGACGGCUGCUGAGAAACCUGCGCAGUCGGGCUGGCCAAACAGUUCGCGCAGCAACAACAAAGUGUCCGUCGCUGAGGGGAAAAAGACCAACGGCAAUGAAGAGGAUUUAAACCUAUUAUAAGACAGUAACUCUCCCCUUCACUGCUGAUUGGGUUUGGAAACAUCAUUAAUUUUUCUAGAAAAAUCUAUCAAAUUGAUUGCCACCGCCAAUUUCAGUAACUCCUACAUUUGACGGUUUUGUUUUUAUAGCUGCUUAUACAACAUUUCAGAUUAAUCUGGCGGUAGAAUGUCAACGAAAUGCUUUGAAAUAUUGAAUAAAGAGACUAGAUCUUUUA